GAGGAGCAGCAGCGCGAGUAUUGCAUAGAUGUCAAGCCCCACAGCUGGCCACUGGUUUCUGGCGCAACCCCUUUCAAGAUGGACAAGAACAACACAGAGCACACCAUGUACAAUCGCAACACCCAGAACAUCGAGAACCACGACGACAGCGAGGACCUGGCCCGACCCUGCGAAGCGCCGAUGAACGGUCUAGCCAACACGUCGGUGGACGGCAAGAACGACCAGAUACAAUGCCUAUUCGCCGCUACCAAGCGCCUGGACGCCUCCAGGCAGGACCUCAGCCAAGCAGAUUUUGAAGACUGGCGCAUCACGCGCAGGGCCAGCGAACUCAUGUCCAGGGCAGCGCAGCGCAUCGCGGCCCCUCGGCGCCGCGCCCGCGAUGCCUGCGAGCGCGGGCUCUGGAGUGCCCUGCGCGGCCGUGGAGACCCGCCCUGUAGCGGCACCGCGCUCGUGGCCCUGGCGGAGGAGGUCGACGGGCGCGAGAGGCUGUCGCGAGGGGCGCUGGUCUCGAGGAUCCUUGGAUCGCGAAAGGAUCAUGGCGACGUGCCCAUCAGGAACUGCUCCCAGCACGCGCGGGACCUCCACGAGGGCGGGGCAGGGAUGGCGUUGUGGCGGGCCGCCGCGCGCGGACCGCGCCUCGGCGCUGGGGGCCUCCUUGCUGCUGGAGUUCCUGAGUUUCUGCCUAGUGCUGGGCGCUGGGAAGCACUGCGUGAUGAUCGCCUUCCGGUACCAGUGGCGCAGGCGAGGCAUAGCGGCCCCCACGGCGUCGAGGACGUUCGGGGCGGCGGCAGGGCUGACCGCGCUUUGCCUUCGGACACGCCUCAGGCGCGCGGCGGGACCGCUGCUCUCGUCAGCUGCGCGUUCGAGGGCGAUGACGACAGCGCCUCCUCCGACCAGGGCCUCACCAAGGACGAGGAGCUGGCUUCCGUCGACGCUUCGGAGAGUGGCUCUUCUCAUGCAGGCUGUGCUCUGGGCGGCUCCGCGCCCGCCGCCGCGCCUUCGGCGCCGCGGGCCGACGCUCCAGAGUUUUCGCCCGUCGUCCAGGAGCUGAUUCCGUGUUUCGAGGAGGCCAACUACUUGCUGGCAGCGUGCUCGGCGACUCCCGAGGUGGACCCUCCCUUCCCGAGGUGCACCUGCGGCGCCACGGUGUUCUCGGGCAUCCCUGCUGCUGCGCUGCCGCCGCUCGUCAGUCGCCGCGUGGAUGGGGCGGCCGCGCCAUGGUGGCUACGGAAGCGCUGGCGGCCCAGGCUCACCAGGCGCAGGCGCCACUGA